CAAACACACCAACCCCUCCCCCGUACGCCCACCACUCGUUCCAAGUUCCAACACAUCCCAAACUGCACACGGCUCUCCGCUGCCCACUGGCCCCGCGGCCCGCCCUCCAUGCCGUCGGCUUCCCUCCGCCUCGCCGUCGUCGGCGCGGGCGCGGCGGGCCUGGUGGCGGCCCGCGAGCUACGCCGCGAGGGGCAUGCGCCCGUCGUCUUCGAGCGCGCCGCCGCCGUCGGGGGAACCUGGCUCUACACGCCGCCCGCCACGUCCUCCGACCCGCUCGGCGCCGCGGCGACGCACUCCAGCCUCUACGCGUCGCUCCGCACCAACCUGCCACGCGAGACCAUGGGCUUCCUCGACUUCCCCUUCGCCGCUGGCGCCGCGGCCGCGGGCUCCCCCCGAGACCCCCGCAGGUUCCCGGGGCACGAGGAGGUGCUCCGCUACUUGGAGGCGUUCGCGCGGCGGUUCGAUCUGCUCCGGCUCGUCCGCUUCGAGACGGAGGUGCUCAGUGUGAGGCGGGAGGACGGCGGCGGCGGGAGGUGGGCGGUGACGUCGAGGAAGCUCGGGGAGAAAGGGAGCGGCCAGGAGGAGUUCUACGACGCCGUCGUGGUUUGCAAUGGUCACUACACGGAGCCACGCAUCGCCGUCAUUCCCGGGGUCGAUGCUUGGCCAGGAAAGCAAAUGCAUAGCCACAAUUACCGUGUGCCGGAGCCAUUCCUUGAUCAAGUAGUGAUCGUAAUUGGGGCCUCGGCAAGUGCAUUUGACAUUUCUCGAGACAUCGCAAGCAUGGCGGAAGAGGUCCAUAUUGCUGAUAGAUCAGCACCAGCUUCCACCUGUAAGAAGGAGCCUGGCUAUGAUAAUCUGUGGCUUCAUUCCAUGAUUGACCAUGCGCAGGAGGAUGGCACUGUGGUGUUCCAGGAUGGCAGCUCAAUCAAAGCUGAUGUCAUCAUGCACUGCACUGGGUAUAGCGAUUUGCACUACCUGUAUGACUUUCCAUUCCUUGGAGAUGACAGCACUAUCACUGUGGAUGACAACCGUGUCGAUCCACUAUACAAGCAUAUUUUCCCACCCGAAGUGGCACCUCAUCUGUCCUUCAUCGGAUUGCCUUGGAAGGUUAUUCCCUUUCCACUUUUUGAACUCCAAAGUAAGUGGGUUGCUAGAGUUCUAUCAGGACGGGUCAAACUUCCAUCUAAAGACAAGAUGAUGGAAGAUGUGAAAGCUUUCUAUUUGAAACUAGAAGCACUUGGAUGGCCUAAGAGAUACACACAUAACUUUUCAAACCAUCAGUUUGAGUAUGAUGAUUGGCUCGCUGAGCAAUGUGGCUAUCCACCAAUCGAAGAAUGGAGGAAACAGAUGUAUGCUGUUAAUGCAAUGAACAAGGCAGCUCGUCCUGAGAGCUACCGUGAUGAAUGGGAUGACGAGCAUCUGGUGGCCGAAGCAAAUGAAUACUUCAAGAAAUUCUUGUAAAAUCUUACUAUUCUCAUCCCAUGUUUUUUUGACAUGCCUGGGGCCGAUCUCAACUGCAAUAUGCAUAAUCAUUUAAUAAGUUAAGUGAUGUGGAUUGGCCACACUUCUGGGUUAGCAUUUCAUUGAUCAUUCGAUCGAUGUGUGUAUCAGAGAGCAAACAAUCUUGUAGUAAACUGUGGAUUGGUCAUCAA